GUCCUUGUCCAGGGCUGUGGGCAUUCGCUGGCCUGACUGGGGCACAGAGACCCCUCGGGGAAAGUCUGUGUGGUAGAAUGUUUGUGAAACACCACGUGUAUGUGUAAGUUGUCUGAAUGAGACCACCAAUGUGUGAAAGAUGCUUAGGAGAGGAAGCCCAUUUGAGAUUGUGCCUCGGUAGGAAGGCCUUUGAGUCUAUGUGAAAGACUCUGCACAGCAAGAUGUGUGACAGUUUGUGUGUGAGUUGGCCUGAAAGAUUAUGGAAAGAAGGAACAUGGAACCACGUGAUGGAUGAGACUGUGUGAUUGUGGCUGCAGGGGACUGAAUGUGGGAAAGGUCGUGUGGGUGUUAUGAAGACUGUGUUGUUUGCAAGAGGGUGAGAAUAUCUGUGACCCUGAGAAGACAGAGGAGUGUUGUCAGCUGUGAGGCUGGUGUAGGUUCGGACUGUAGGUUUGGACCGCCUCAACCCAGUGACUGUUGGGGAGGGAGGGCAGGGGCUGCCGCUCUCCCAGCAAUGACCUCUGUCUUAACAAAUGAUUCUGAAGGAAGGUUGGGGAGCAGACAGCCGCGCCCGGGACAGGCCUGGGCUCGCGGGGUCGAGAGGGUACAGUGCUGGGGAGCCGGGUAGGGGCCCCCAGGGCUGGGGGGGUGACGGUGUAUUCUCCGAAUGUGUCGCCAGGUGGCGCCACCUCCGCAAAUCCGAAUAUGCCUCUAUUAACCGCUGGGGGUGGGGCAGGCACGGCCCGAGCCUGGGUCCCCGACCGGUCCUGGGGAGCAAGGGCCCGGCAGCCGGGGAGGGUUGGGGGGGCAGCUGACCCUCGGCGCCCCGCUCCGGACUCCGAAACCGGAGAGUGUGUCUUGCGGGGCAGGCUUCGAUCGAGGAGCGGAGGGGGAAGGGCGGCCGCUGUGGCGCCCGGCCCUUUGUGCUCGAACAAUGACCAGCUGCCGCUGGCCCCGGGGCCCGAGUAGGGGUAGAGGGUGACCCGCCGCCGCCGCCGAGUCCUGAGCCGACCGGGCUUCGAGGGGAGGGGGGGAAUCCCGAGUCCCGUGGCGCCGUCCCCGCGUGCGCCCGGCCGGCCUCGCGUGACGCGGGGUGCCUGCGCGUGUCCGCGCCCGGGGCGGGGACGCCCCUCGGACCCCUCCCCCGCGCUGCGCCGCCCACUCGGGCCGGACGGGGGCCGGUCGGGCCGGGGGCGCCGCGGAGGCGGGGCCGGGCCGGGCCGGGCGGCUCCGAGUGGCCGCGCGCGGGCUGGAGCCGGGCGGCAAGCCUGUGGAGCGCUGGGGGCGGCCCGGGGCUGAGCAUGGAGCGGCGCGGCGGAGGUUCCCCUGGAGGCCCUUGGCCAGGCCUGAGCCUCUGUCGCCAUGGCCAUUGUGCAGACUCUGCCAGUGCCACUCGAGCCCGCUCCUGAGGCCACCACUGCCCCACAAGCUCCAGCCAUGGGCAGCGUGAGCAGCCUCAUCUCAGGCCGGCCCUGCCCCGGGGGGCCAGCUCCUCCCCGCCACCAUGGCCCCCCUGGGCCCACCUUCUUCCGCCAGCAGGAUGGCCUGCUCCGGGGUGGCUAUGAGGCACAGGAGCCGCUGUGCCCAGCUGUGCCCCCUCGGAAGACCGUCGCUGGCACCAGCUUCACCUACAUCAACGAGGACUUCCGGACAGAGUCACCCUCCAGCCCGAGCAGUGACAUUGAGGAUGCCCGAGAACAGCGGGCACGCAACGCCCAUCUGCGCGGCCCCCCACCCAAGCUCAUCCCUGUCUCUGGAAAGCUGGAGAAGAACAUGGAGAAAAUCCUGAUCCGCCCAACAGCCUUCAAGCCGGUGCUGCCCAAACCUCGAGGGGCACCAUCCCUACCUAGCUUCCUGGGUCCUCGGGCCGCCGGACUGUCUGGGAGCCAGGGCAGCCUAACACAGCUGUUCGGGGGCCCUGCCUCGUCCUCGUCCUCCUCCUCCUCCUCGGCUGCUGACAAACCCCUGGCACUGAGUGGCUGGACCAGCGGCUGCCCAUCAGGGACACUGUCUGACUCCGGCCGAAACUCACUGUCCAGCCUGCCCACCUACAGCACCGGGGGUGCAGAGCCAGCCAGCCACUCCCCAGGCGGGCACCUGCCCUCCCACGGCCCUGCGCGGGGGGCACUGCCCGGGCCAGCCCGAGGGGCCCCUACUGGGCCCUCCCACUCGGACAGUGGCCGAUCCUCCUCCAGCAAGAGCACAGGCUCCCUGGGAGGCCGUGUGGCUGGGGGGCUCUUGGGCAGUGGUGCCCGGGCCUCGCCUGACAGCAGCUCCUGUGGGGAGCGCUCCCCACCCCCGCCCCCACCCCCUCCACCCCCUUCGGAUGAGGCCCUGCUGCACUGUGUCCUGGAAGGAAAGCUCCACGACCGUGAGGCAGAGCUGCAGCAGCUGCGGGACAGUCUGGACGAGAGUGAGGCGUAUGAGGAGCGGCAGCGGCACUGGCCGCGGGAGCGGGAGCCGCCACGGGACGACAGCACGGCCCAGGCCCAGCGGGCGCAGCGGGCCCACCAGCUGCUCCAGCUGCAGGUGUUCCAGCUGCAGCACGAGAAGCGGCAGCUGCAGGACGACUUCGCGCAGCUGCUGCAGGAGCGGGAGCAGCUAGAGCGGCGCUGUGCCACCUUCGAGCGGGAGCAGCGGGAGCUCGGGCCACGGCUCGAGGAGACCAAGUGGGAGGUGUGCCAGAAGUCAGGUGAGAUCUCCCUGCUGAAGCAGCAGCUGAAGGAGGCCCAGGCAGAGCUGGUGCAGAAGGGCAGCGAGCUGGUGGCCCUGCGGGUGGCGCUGCGAGAAGCCCGAGGCGCGCUCCGGGCCAGCGAGGGCCGGGCGCGGGGCCUGCAGGAGGCGGCCCGGGCUCGGGAGCUGGAGCUGGAGGCCUGUUCCCAGGAGCUGCAGCAGCACCGCCGGGAGGCCGAGCGGCUCCGAGAGAAAGCUGGCCAGCUGGACAGCGAGGCGGCCGGACUCCGGGAAGCCCCCGGGUCACCUGCCGCCGCCGACCCAUUCCUCCUGGCAGAGAGCGAUGAGGCCAAGGCGCAGCGGGCGGCCGCCGGGGCCGGGAGCAGCCUGCGCGCCCAGGUGGAGCGGCUGCGGGCAGAGCUGCAGCGGGAGCGGCGGCGGGGUGAGGAGCAGCGGGACAGCUUCGAGGGGGAGCGGCUGGCCUGGCAGGCGGAGAAGGAGCAGGUGAUCCGCUACCAGAAGCAGCUGCAGCACAACUACAUCCAGAUGUACCGGCGCAACCGGCAGCUGGAGCAGGAGCUGCGGCAGCUGAGCCUGGAGCUGGAGGCCCGGGAGCUCGCCGAGCUGGGCCUGGCCGAGCCGGCCCCCUGCAUCUGCCUGGAGGAGAUCACCGCCACCGAAAUCUAGGGCCCUUGGCAUCCCAGAUCUGCGGGGAGCUCUGCCGAAGGGGGGAGGUGGCGGGAGCCUCAGGUCCACGGAGGUCCCCAAAGUCUUGAGGGCCCCAGAACCACUCGUCCCCUGGGAUCCAGGCCUCUGGGCCUCUGCCAAGACCUUGGGGCGGCCCUGUGACUUGGAUGAGCAAGAUCAGACUCCUUGAAGGUCCCCGUUUCACGGUCAUGCAGAGGCUCCUGCUCGCUUGACCCAUUUCACCCCCCUUCUGCCGCCAUUGCCACUCUGCCAAGCGCAUUCAUCCCAGACGCCAGGGGGCUGGGAGGAGGAGGAGGGGGCGCCUUCGUUUCCACACUCUUCCCUACCCCAAAGCCAGAGAGAGCCAGACAGCGCCAGCUGUCGCAGAUGUGCCUGCCCCCACCCUGCCCGUGUCGGGGGCCAGGGCUGGGACUGGGAUGUGACCCCCAGGCUCCAGCCCUGCAGCCUCUCUCCUGGGACAAGGGGGCUGUAGUCAGACCAAAGGAAGAACUCAGCAUUGUCUUGUUUAUUUGUGUUUGUGACCAAGUGGCCCCUCCCCACACCCAGGUUUAUGGCCUCGUUUUCACUUGUAUAUUUUUCCACACUGUAAAUUUCUUGUACAAACCCAAAGAAAAAAAUUAAAAAAUCUUUUGUUUUUAAAAAAAAAA